AUGCCCGUCCAAUCGUGCUUGAACUUGCAGUCCUGGCCCUUUCGACAUCCGUCCUCAGAGCCCCAAAACCUGCACAGCUUCUCCUCCCGGGCACCAUCAGACUUCGGCUUUCCGGCCGACUUCUCGGCCUUGUCCUCCGUGGCCGUGAUCAUGGCCUUGACCUUGGUCGUCCUCCAGUUCCCAGCUGCCGGAGCACGGAUUGGGCAGCCUGCUCCAAAGGUGACCCUUUCGCAAGAUCCCCAUCCCUCACCGCACAAUCUGGUAGACCUCCUCGUCCAGGGUCAAAACCGGCUAGACGGUCCGGGAGUGGUGUUUCUGGUGCGCCUCGUCCAUGGUGACCCACACCCACUCGCUCUUGAACUCCAGCCUGAAGCCCUCCACGCCAAGAUUCUGGUACGGGUGGAGCUCCUCGUCCAUCGUGAUGACAAUCUCCCCAACGUCGAAGGUCAACAGGAUCUGGAGCUUCACCCCCAUACUUCUCAUUCAAGCCCGGGAACUCCGGGACCGCUGCAAGUCGGGAUGUCCGCCAGUUCCCGCUUGAGCAUCGAAUUCUGGUUCAUGACCGCCUUAAGCACCUCCUUCAGAUCCACGGUAGGACCGUACGUGGUUGGAGGUCCCAAAGCCACUACCAAGGUGCGGGCGGAUGAGGUUCCCGGAUUCCUACGCUAUGGCCUGCAAGUCUCGCCAGGGCUGUCCGUGCAGGAGGACGAAGCCUCCGACGAUGUCCGGCUGUGGGAUUUCCGGAUCGAGGUGGCGCUGGAUGCUCAGCUGUUGGAAGCCCAAGAGCUGCAACUCACAUGUGUCGCUCCAGGCUGUGAGGUGCUACGCUGGAAGGGAGGUUGCUUUGAGAGCCGUGCCGCUUGUGACUUUCCGGACGCCGAGCUGGUGGAAGAGGAUGCUGGAAGUUCCCCCAGUUCGCGGAGCUUCUGGCAACGGCGCCACCAACGCUUGCUGAGCGCCGGGCUCUCCCCCGGCGAGGUGGCUGAAGGUAGCAGCAGCUAUGCCUUUGUGUUUGACGACGACUCAUGCGACGCGGCAGUUCUGCAGCCUCGGGAGGUGCUGCUGAUGGCCAGACUUUGUGCCUUUGAUACAGGGCAUCAGCAGUUCACGAAGUUCGAUGCCGAGGAGCGCAGCUGCCCACCGCACCUGCAAAGCUCAGACGAACUCAUCGCCUUACUCACUGCGUUCCACACCGCGUGA